AUGCCUCCUUCACUUACGCUCAACUUUCCAUCUGAUGCCAAUCUUGAUCCUGUCACGCUACCGACUGGUUUAUUUAUCAAUAAUGAAUUUGUGGAUGCAGAAGAUUUGAUUACAUUGGAAAUUAUCGACCCAGCUACGGAGGAUGUUUUGGGACGUGUGGCAUCAGCUGGUGAGGCUGACGUAGAUAAAGCUGUUGAAGCUGCUACAAAGGCAUACAAUGAAAGUUGGGGUUUCAGGACGCCUGGUCAUCAGCGUGGUCGGUUGAUGAUUGAAUUAGCACAAGCAAUGGAAGCCAAUGCAGAUACACUUGCAGCCAUUGAGUCACUUGACAGUGGGAAAGCUUACUCAUUCUCAAGGAACUUUGACGUACCUGAAGCUGCAAACUGUUUAAGAUAUUAUGGUGGCUGGGCAGAUAAAAACCACGGUCAAGUGAUUGAGGUAAAUGAUUCCAAAAUGGCAUAUACCCGUCACGAGCCUAUUGGUGUAGUCGGUCAACUUAUCCCUUGCUUACUUAUGUUUGUAUGGAAAAUCGGUCCAGCUCUUGCAACUGGAAACACAAUAGUCAUCAAACCAUCUGAACUUACCCCACUCUCAGCUCUCUUCAUGGCUGAACUGAUCUCCAAAAUAUUCCCACCCGGGGUAAUCAAUAUUAUAUUUGGAAGUGGUCCAACUGCAGGUAAAGCUCUUGCAUCUCAUAUGAAAGUAGGAAAAAUCGCGUUCACUGGAAGUACAGCUGUUGGAAAAUUGAUCAUGAAGGCUGCUGCUGAAUCUAACUUGAAAGAUGUUACUCUUGAAUUGGGUGGAAAGUCUCCUAACAUAAUCUUUCAAGAUGCUGAUUUGGAGCAAGCUGUCAAAUGGGCUGCCUUUGGUGUAUUUUUCAACCAAGGCCAAACAUGUGCAGCCGGUUCAAGAGUUUACGUCCAAGAGUCAAUUUAUGAUGAAUUUGUCAAAGAACUAGAAAAGUAUACCAAGAAUUUGAAGAUCGGUUCACCUUUCAACCAAGAUACGUUUCAUGGUCCUCAAAUUUCUCAACAACAAUUCAAUCGAAUUAUGAAUUAUAUCAAAUCAGGAGAAGAAGAUGGAGCAAAAGUAUUGAUAGGUGGAAAGAGAUACGGCGAUCAAGGGUAUUUCAUUCAACCCACAAUUUUCAUUGAUGUGAAACCAGACAUGAAAAUAGUAAAAGAAGAAAUCUUUGGACCAGUAGUAACGAUCAGUAAAUUCAAAGAAGAAGAAGAUUUAAUAAGAUUAGCAAAUGAUUCGAUUUAUGGACUUGCAGCAUCAGUCUUUACAAAAGAUAUCAAUCGAGCUUUAAACACUUCAAAUCAAUUAAAAGCUGGAACGAUUUGGAUCAAUUGUUAUAGUAAAGUUCAUGCUCAAGUUCCAUUUGGUGGUUUUAAACAAAGUGGAAUAGGUCGUGAGAUGGGAGAAUACGCCUUGAAAAAUUAUACAUCCGUAAAAGCUGUACAUGUAAACCUUAGUGAGAAAUUAUGA